AUGGAUAAUUUACGAGGUGAUCUUUUUCUCCUUCAUCGCUUUCUCUCAAAACAACACAACAACCAAUCAAAGCUCCCUUGCAUCUUGAGCCACGAUAAAUCAUUACAGAUAGUAAAGAAGCCAGGGAAAAAGGAGCAUCAUUUAUGGAAGAACAGGGAUUCUGCUGGAUCUGGGCAGAAGGCCCUCCAUCUUGUUCGAAUUGUCUCGAACCUCCCGAAUGAGAAAGAAGCAAUCUAUGGAGCAUUAGACAAAUGGACUGCAUGGGAGACUGAAUUCCCUGUCAUUGCUGCAGCAAAGGCUUUGAGUAUUUUGCGUCGAAGAAAACAAUGGUUGAGGAUCAUUCAAGUAUCAAAGUGGUUGUUAAGCAAGGGCCAAAUGCUCACAAUGGGAACAUAUGACACACUUCUGCUGGCUUUUGACAUGGACGGGAGGUUAGAUGAAACUGAGAUCAUUUGGAACAUGAUUCUGCAAACACACUCCCGAUCGAUUUCUAAGCGGUUAUUUUCUCGAAUAAUUUCUUUAUAUGAGCACCAUCACAUGCCAGAGAAGAUUUUGGAGGUAUUUACAGACAUGGAGGAAUUGGGAGUGAGACCUGAUGAUGACACAGUUUAUAGAGUGGGCAGAGCAUUUGAAAUUUCGGGCCAAAGCCAUAAGAAGAAGAUGUUGAUGAAGAAAUAUCGAAAGAGAUGGAGAUACCUCUACUUCAAUGGCGAGCGAGUUAGAGUGCCCGCUGAUGAAGAAAGUCUUUAAAAUUGUCUCCAACAGUAAAGCAAAAGAACAAUUUUGGUUGUUGAUCAGUUGACACACCAAACUUCAAUUCCUGUUUUUAAUAUUAUUAUUA